UCGUAGUCGUCGUCGUCGUUGUCGCGGUCAUCGUCGCCGUCAACGUCGGUUCGUUGGUCCGUUUGCCCGGGACAAAUCCGGUGGAUUCCUUCGUGCAGUGGUGAUGCAAGAAAAGACGCGUGAUCAGUGGCCCUCAGGUGAAAUUUAAGUCAAAGCAGCGCUACUUUGAGGUUGCAUAAACGAAGGAGACGCAUGAUGGUUUAAGAUUUGACAGGAAAGUGAGAAAACUCGGUUACUAGGGAACUGGAGCUGCUGGCCUACUGGCGGAUUGAUGAGCCCGAGAGAGCGGGAGAGAGAGAAAGCAGCUCGGAAGAGGAAGAGAGCGCGUAGCUGAGAGCUGAGGAUCGUGAUUUUCUGGAGUGGUGUGUGAUGGAAAUGAUGAUGGUCCAGUCCUAAGAAGGAUGCUGUGUCAAGUGUGAAUGUGAUUCCUUGCUUUUGGCAGCAGAAAAACAGAAACAACAAGCUUGUGAGAAGAAUUAGUAUUUCGGCCUGGUGCCAGGUGUUCCUUGAGGAUGAUGAUGGUGACAAAUUGAAGGAUGACGUUGUUUGGCGCUAGCACGUGAGUGAUUCCCGGGAUUCGGAUGGCUACAGCGAAUUGUCUGAUGGAAGAUAAAUAGUGCGAACCUUGCGAGUGCGCGUGUUGUCUUUUGAAGUGGAAAUCUACGACAGCUGUUUUCAAACGAAACUAGUGAAGUGAAUCUCGACAUCCAGAAAAAGCUAAAUCGUUCCGGAGGAAUCAGUGGUUCAAUCCAAUCCAAUCGAGGAUUGUCAAAUGUCAAAGGUCGUUUUCGACGAUGGAAAGUUUGGUGUAAUAUAAAAUUGAUAAAAUCAGCAUUAAAUUCUUAAAAGUGUUCCCGAAAAUUUGAAGAUAAGGUUUAAAUAGUUUACCACAUUAAGGUAGAGUUGCCAUACUAGAAUUCAGUGUUACUUAUUGGAAGAUUUAAUUCGAUAUAUAAAAUAGUUUAUCCCCAAGCUGGUAGCAAGUUAAUCAUUGCGUAGUUAAAUCCGAGUCUCUUAUCUCGAAAGUUAGAAGUGUUACACAAAUCAUUAAAUUCCACUGCCUCUUCGACGUUCAAGAAAAUCGGAAGAUAAUUUCAAAUUAAAUCGCUACAAAAAAAAGAAAUCAAUACCCAAUAAAACCGCUGUGUUCAGCGCGGAAAUCACCCGUUUUGGAUCUUUUGGAGAAUCAGGACGCGUCAAGAUGAGAAGUCAACGCCGAACUAAGCAAGAUUCAUCAUCAUCCCCGGCAGCAAUAACCACAGCAUCGGCGGAACCAGUUGAAUCGGAUCCGUCUGAGCUCGAUACUAGACUAGCGUCGUCUGGAAGCACCGUCAGAAGCUGUAGAACGUCAACCGCAACGACGACUACGGGAACGUUUCGGAAGCGCUCGCGGCGAAUGACUAGCUUCCAUCGACAUCGUCAUAAAAAGCUGGUCAACGAGGACGACACAAUGCACAACGGUACCAACAGCAGCAACAACAGCACCAGCAGCAGUAGUAGUAAUACGGAAAAUGUAACAAUCCGACUACUUUGCCCACCGCCAUCCGUGCCCAAGGACAUUCCUUCGGAUACGACUAGUCAUAAGCAGCACAACCACCCACGCGUACCAAUCGAGAUAAGCACUGCCACUCGUCCCAACAGCAGCAUCAGUGGGAAACGCUCCGGAAGUGGGUGGUCCAUCGUUCGCCAUCUGGCAGUCGGUUCCAGCAGCAGCAGCAGCAGCAUGAGCCACAGUUGGAAAUGGAAUUUUGCCCUAGUUUCCACGGUGAUGUCGCUGCUGAUGUUUCUACUCUCGUCGUCGGCGAGUGCCACGGUGGUACAAUCAGGUCAGCAAAUCGUCAGCUCCUCGGAAUCGGGUCCGGGUCCGGGUCCGGUGGUUGCGGCCCAGAAGCAAUCGCGCCAGCAGUGUGCCGUGUCGGAGCACUCGUGCAACAAUGGACGCUGUGUGCCACUGAACAAAUACUGCAACAACUUCAACGACUGCGGCGACGGAAGCGACGAGCCGCGGUUCUGUACGAGAUGCAAUCGAACGUACUAUGGAAACAUUGGCCUGACGUAUGAUUUGGAGCUGCAUCGGCCCAAGGAGGACCGCAUACCGUAUGUGUGCAUCCUGACGUUCACUGCGGCCGGUGGCAACCAUGGCGACAUUGUUCAGAUCACUCUGGACAGCUUCACACUGGGCAAGUUCGUAUCGUACACGGAGAAUGGCUGCCCGGACGGGUACCUACAGGUGGCGGAAGCACAUCGUACGCCCGUCGGCGGAAUGUGGUGCGGCACGACCUGGGGACCGGCAACGUUCUUCAGCGAGACCCGUUCGCUCGUAAUGACCGUUAAAUUGCUCAAGCUGUCCCGAGAUCAAAGUGGCUACAACUUCGACUUUCGGAUAAAGUACAAAAUGCUCUCGCGUGUCAGCGCCGUCGUCCGGUACGGGGGCAUCAAGCACGAACCCAUCGCACCGUGGACCAACGUCAGCUACAUUCCCAAUUAUCCGAUAAUUGACGAUUUCACCAACUCGACGGCCCAUUCGGAGAAGCAGUUCAGUGGACAGCGUUCGCCGUCCGGAUCAAUGGAGCUCAGCUUCGACAACUCAUCCGGAAGGGGCUAUGCCGGUUCGUUCGAUAGCGGGGCCGGCAACAGCCUUUUCCAGAACCAAAACCGUGAACGACCGUAUUCAAUUAGGAACCUUACUUCCCUCGCGUUCCAACCCGGCAGCGGUGGUGCGGAGAACUACACCGAGCCCAACUACUAUCUAGGUGACCUAAUGCAGGGGACUUACUGCUCCAGGAUUUUCACCAACUGUGAUAAGAAGGCCUGCCGGCUGCAGUCGCCCAACUUUCCGGGCGUCUACCCGAGGAAUUUGACAUGCUACUUUGCCGUACGACAGCACGACGUUCCACCGUACAAGCACGCCUUCAUCGUGAUUAGCCAGCCCAAAGGCAAUCUGGUGUGGAUCUCAACGGAAGCUUCCACAGGAACCGUCGCCAGUGCCACCAGCGACAAGGACAAAAAGUACCGACCUCGGCUGCACACCUGGAACGAGUGCAACAGCGUACAGGACUACAUCACCGUGUACGACGGCUACACCACUCGGGAUCCGGUCAUCCUGAAGCUCUGCGGCGGCGGUGAGCCCAUUCCGGCGGCCAUCUCUAGCGGACCGGAACUGCUGGUCGAGUUCACCACUUCCCCGUUCGGGACGUUCAGCAAUCCGAAAACCAGCUCCCACUCGCUGCACGGUUUCCAGCUAGAGGUCUCGGUGAAGUUCGUCGACCUCCAGAGUCCCACGUACGCAAAGAGCAAACGCAUCUGCGAAUUCUGGCUGCGAGGUACCGGUCACGGGGUCCUGCAGAAUCCCCAGCACUCGUUAGCCCCGAACACCACCUGUCUCUAUCACUUGCAAGGUACGGAAGCUCGCUCGAUGGAUGCCAUCAACAUUCCGAGGAGGUCCGGGGCACUGUCCACGUCGCCGACGCGCUUCAAGGUUUGGAUCUCGGUCAUGAAGUUCGAACUGGCAUCGGUGUUCGGUGCGAGCGAAGAGCAACAGUACCAUACUAAGGAGGACUGCACCGGGAUGCUCCGAAUCUGGGACGGGCCGCUGCGGGAGGUUCCGAUCUGCAAGGAUAUCGAUUGUUUGGCCAUGGACAAGGACGGUCACCUGCGGCCGACGAUUCGCUUCGGGCAGAACAGUACCAACGUGUUGGCUCGGUACUGCGGAGGGUCGAUCCAACGAUCGUGCGAUCACGGGAUGCUGAACGAGACCAACGCUAGGCCGUGCACGCUGGCGGAGAGCUUCGUCUCGAGCAGUGACUUCGUAACGCUGGAGCUGAGGACGACGGAAACGACGGUACUGCGACCGCUACAGUUUGCGUUGAGGUAUGAAUUCGUGGACUUCCUGCAGGACGGAAUGCCGAUCAGCGGAGAUAACGACUGCAGUCGGCGGUUCGUCAGCAGUCAGAUGGAGAAGAAGGGACCGCAUCCGGUUCGAAGUGUGCGGAACGUCUUUCUCUUCGGCAGAGGCGGAGCGAAGCAUUUGCAUUGCGUCUAUCGGUUCGAAGCGCAGCGUGGCGAACGGAUUCGGGUGGAGAUUGUCCGAGCGAUGACCGGCAAUCGGACGUGCGAUUCGCGCGUUGAUCCGGAUACUGGGCGGUCGUACUGCUUCGGUAACAACAGUGCUAGAAUCGACAUUCUCGAGCGACCUUGGCACGAAUCGAUCCUUUUUCCCAGAGGGUGUAUCUGCAAUUCGACGAGCAGGUCGUUCCUUCCGAUAGUGUUUACAUCCACCGGGCGGGAAGUGGAGAUACACUUCACUGCCGGAAACAUGUCCAGCGCAGACGAUCCGGAUUCGUUGAACUUUGAAGGAUCGUUCGAGUUCGUAAAAGCUUCGACGGUAUGCAAGGACGUCCGACGGAAGAAUGCCGUUACCGGAAUUGUUAAUCUAUCCACUGGAGAGAUGGAGUGCCGCAAUCGACCCUGGUUGAUUGAACCUUCGCAUGACAAGUACCUCUAUUUGCGCAUGCGAGGGCUUUACAUGCGCAAGACCGACCCGACAGUGCCGAUGAAGUACAACGCCAGUCUCAGCGCGGUAACUCCGAUUCGUUGCAAUACCAAGUCCCGCGUGAUCAUCUCCAAUAGCGAAGGGGUCUCGCUAACCGUAUGUCCACUGCCUGAAGAUACAGCUCACCGCCACGUGGUAGAAGUCUUCAGCGCUGGCUGGACCCACAAGCAUCCGCACUUUGGAAUUGAGCCUUCGAAGGUGAUCUCCAUAGAGUUCCUACAUCCAGACGACGGUGCAUAUUCGUUCACCUGGCUCGAGAUAUCCAAGCGGCCAUCGCCAAGCUACGCUCUGGUCCAAGAGGAAUGUGAAUUCAUGUGCCCGGGUCUGGACGCGUGCGUCAACGGUUCCAUCUUUUGCGACGGAAUUGAGCAGUGUCCAUCCGGAGAGGACGAAUCGUUCUCCCACUGUUCGGCACUGCUUAGACUGCCAGCCGAAGUCCUAGCAGGCUUCAGCGUGCUACUGCUGUUGCUAUGCUGCGGCCUGUCCGCUUACGUGUACCGAAAAAUCAAACGCAACUGCCGGCGAACAUCCGUACUUCAGACGAGACUCAAAUCGCUCAGCUCAAUGGAUACGGCGGUGUUCGACGAAAAGGAGAUAAUUUGCUGACAAAGCGACAAUUCUGUACGAUACGUGGAGAUUGAUCGGGUCACCACGGUCUGACCACGCAACGUACAGAAUUGUCUUCCAGUAGGUCAGCGAACUGCUGCCACCACCAGCAUCACCUUCAUCAUCAUCAACAUCAUCUCCAGACUACUUAACUGAGAGGUAAAUCUCAAAAUUGGACACCUGUUGUAGAACUGCAAUUCAGAGCUGUAGACACACAUAGGGGCGCAGCACUCGAAUAGAUUUCAGAAAGCGUUGUUGAGCGGCCCCUCUCGCGGCCCGCGAGAGUAGUGAGGCGAGGUAAACACAUGAGACUAAACUGUCAUUUUUGUACUACGUUUUAGUAAUACUCUUUAAUAAUGAGAUUGAAAACAAAAGUUAAAGGAAAACAAACAAGUUUGAGGUUAGAAUCGUACUAUUAGCGAAACGUUUUAAAAACAACCCUAGCUCUGGAACGAAAACUCCUUUCCAAUUACCUAACCUAACUAACGAAACUCUAAUAGGAUCAAGAAGAAAACUGACAACCAAAAAAAAAACGGAUGUUUUCUGCGAAAAUUUAAUGAUAGAAAAGAGAAGAAACUUUAAAAAUCAUCCUCCUGAAAGUUGCAUGCAAGCGAAGAGCUUUUAAGUCUACCAUCAAUACCGAUUAAAAGAGGAACAGAACACUCGAAACCAAAAAAACAACGUUGACCUCAUUUCUCGAGGUCCCCUCAUACACACACACACUCAAACACUCCCUGGUUUUGGUGAUUGGGACAAACUUGUUAAAUACUAAAUACAAACCAAAAUUAAGAAAUUAUUAACUAAAUCAAAAUAAAUGUGUAAAAGGUUGAUUGCAAGCAAAAGAUUUUUAAGACAUUAAACAUAAAUUAUUUACUUUAACAAACAAAAACGAAAAAGUAUAUCCAUUAAACCCAAAACCAAAUGAAACUGUUAGUGAAUUUAAAAAAAAAAACUACGACUCUGCAUGAAAGAAAUUAAAUUUAACACAAGCGAAAAAAAAAAGAUUGUGGACAAGAAACCAAACUUAGGAAGUUCAGGAUUGUUGAAUUGUUACUUAUAUCGGUUUUAUAAUAAACGGACCAAUAUUUAAGAGGAUUAAAAACGGGGAUGAAAAAGAUAACAAAAAAUCGAACGGUGACCAGAAGAAAGAGUGUACCGAUAAUUUCGGUAAGAUGGUGUGAAAAAAAAGAUACUUUUUGAAAAUUAGAUCUAAUCUAGACAUGGAGCCAAUUUUUACCGCGGUUAGCAUAUUACUUACAUUUAAAAAAAAUCUAGAGGCGGGUUGAUGGUGUUAAGAGACGAACUGACCGAAAUGCAAUCAUGUCUGAGGUGUAUGGUUUUUUUUUAUAGUUUUCUGUGUUCGAUGAACCGACCUGAGUUCUGCUCCCUCAAUUCUACACAACAACUUGUUCGGAUAAAUCUUUAAAAUCUUAAUAUACACUGCGAACCGAAGGACAUCCAUAUGCAACUGCCAGCUGUUUAAUAAGCAAUUGUGGUGUUUGGAUGGGUGCGGA